CUGGACAACGCAGGCGCGCACGUGUAUCGUCUCUGCCUUCUGUGAAGACCCCCACCGUCGAGCAUACACAUGCAAGAAUGGGCAAUGGCCAUGCUGGCGGACCCGGGGAGGGCACGAGUGGGCUGCGGACGACGCUGCAUGGAAAUGCGGAGGAUCUGAGAAGCUACGAAGCUGCUGUCAACGCUCGCAAUUCGGCGAUGAAGCUUAAUCUUGUGCCUAAACGAAGAGGGACACGACCGAGUAUGAGCGCUAGUCCCCCGGUACCGCCAUCGAGUGCCGGUUCAUAUAUAAAUGGGCCUGGAAUGAAUGCGAACGUUGUGCCCGGAUUCGAUUUUAACAAUAUGAGUCGACCGUCAAGUUCGUCGUCUACGACUUCUUCGCUUGCGAAUGCGUUUGGUUCGUCUGCUAUGCGGCAUCCACAUCCACAUCACCCGCAUGCAGGUCCCCAGAUGGGUGCACAAGUGAGUGCGCCGCCUAUGCACGCUUCGUCUUCUCUACCCCCGCCUGCCGUCCUGCACACACACAUGGACGGUUCGCGAGAAUCGUCGGUGGUGUCGGAGGAGGGCGCAGCGUCGUCUGACGGAGAUAUGAUGCGACCGUCAUUCAAGCGACUACCAUCCCAGACGUUGGGACCUGCAAAUUCGAAGCGGGCAUUGUUGGCGAGGGGAGUCGAGGGUGGAGAUGGAAUGGGGAUGGAGGGAAUGAAGCAUGGUGAUACGUUGGGUGUGCCUACCACGAAUGGGAAUAUAAAUGGAGUGGGGAUGGGGGGCGAGAUUGGACCUGUGGGUACGCGUCCGAUGGUGGGGCUUCCUGAACGACAUCGGAGAGCGAGUUUGGACGGCAUCGUGUGUGUGUGAUCUAGGGCAGGGGAUCGGAAUGACGAAGACGACGAUUCAAAAUG